AUGCUGGAAGUAGAUGUGAUAAUAGCUCUAACUGCACAGAUUUCUGCUAUGCAGAAUAUGAUGAGUACACAUUUCAGCAACAUGGCAUUGGGACAACAGCCUGCGCAGGUAAAUGCAAUUCAACAACCACCGUCUUGGUGUAAGAUUUGCGGAGGUAGCAAUCACGAUGCAGAGUUAGCCACACAUAAUCUGGAGAAGCAAUUUGGGCAGUUUGCUAGUGCCCAAAAUUCACGACCGCAAAGAGAUUUGCCUGGAAACACUGACCCAAAUCCUAAGCAGGUGAAUGCAGUAAGCACACGCAGUGGUUUGCAAUUGCAGGAGUUAACUCCUAAGGAAAGAAACACUGAAGUUAUAAACACAAAGAGUGAACCCAAAGAGGGUGAGCUUAAGGAGAAUGAAGUAGUUGCACCGGAAGAAAGCGUGCAACCAAUAGUGAGACCACCCCUUCCAUUUCCUCAGAAGUUCAAGAAACAAAAGGAGGACGAAUGUUUUGAGAUCAUAGCAAACAAAAGGAGGCUGACAGAGUAUGAGAGUGUGGCACUUACUGAAGAGUGCAGCUCUAGAAUUCAGAACAAGCUGCCCAUUAAACUAAAAGAUCCGGGUAGCUUUACUGUGCAGAUUACUAUAGGGCAAAGCAUCCAUGCUCUAGGAUUGUGUGAUCUAAGAGCGAGUAUAAACUUGAUGCCAACUUCUCUGUACAAAAAAUUGGGGUUGGGUAGUCCUAAACCAACUACCAUAAUUUUGCAGUUGGCGGAUAGAUCUGUAGCUAGACAUGAGGGUGUUGUGGAAGAUGUGUUAGUACAAGUGGUAUCUCUGAUUUUCCCAGUAGACUUUGUAGUAUUGAAUUUCGAGUCUGAUCCUGAGAUCCCUUUCAUCUUAGGACAACCUUUCUUAGCGACUGGUAGAGCAAUGAUAGAUGUAACAGUUGGGCAGCUUACUAUGAGAGCUCAUGAUAAAGUGGAGGUGUUUGAUGUAUACAAAGCCUUAAAAUUUCCUGUUGUGUAUGAGGAGUUGUCUGCCAUAACCGUGAUAGAUCUUGAGGCAGAAGCUAAAUAUAUUGCAGCUAAGGAUCCUCUAGAGCGAGUGUUAGUGGGUGAUGACAUAUAUGUGGAUGUUGAGGCAAAUGAAAUGGUGCAAUUCCUUGAUGUGUCUCCUAUGGUUACUGCUGGAGAGAGCUGGGAGCCUCUGAAUAGGGUGUUGGGUCUUCCACCUAAACCCUUCAUUGAAGAAGCACCCAAAUUGGAGUUAAAAACACUGCCAGCCCACCUCAGGUAUGUAUUUUUGGGUAAAGAUGAAACUUUACCGGUUAUUUUGUCUGCAGAUUUAUCUGACGAAUAG